AUCAGAAGUCAUUUCUGAGACACAAGCGAGCAGAGGAAAGCCCGAGUCAUAAAGAUUCAUAUUCUGGGAGCGGCGUUCAAUUUGCGCACCAACAAAAUGAAGCCUUCCUCUUACUGCAUCCUCUUCAUCAUGACUCUGCUGUCGGAGAGCUACGCCAGCUCACGGGCCAUGUCUGCGACCAAGAUGGAAGACGGCAGCUCUGAGCAAGAUGUCCUCAGCCCGUUCCUGAGUGAAGAGGAGGUGGAUAAUGGCUUAAGUCCUCUGCCAGCAAGUCGCUACAUGGUGCUGGCCAUCGGCAAGGCUACUAAGGGAGGGGACUUAAAGAUCAUCGUUGUCGACACCGGCAUUUGGAAGGGUGCCAGGGCUCUGGCUCGAGGACUCUCACUUUACAAGUUCCAAGAUCCAGAGGCUGCACAGCCACCUGAGAACAUCAUGGCAAUGGAACGCAGGGGGGCAGACCAAGACGUGAGUUCCGGCAUAGCAAUCGCCAGGAGGAACACGAUGAGAUGCAUGGUGGGAAGGGUGUACCGACCUUGCUGGGAAGUGUAGGGGGACUUAAGGAUCCACCAAACAACCAACCAACCAACCAACCAACCUUACUUAUAUGUGUUAACGUUAAGCCCUAGCUGUGUCUAGCUGUGUUUGUUUUCUUGUAAGGUAUCCAACAUAUGUAAAAACAUCUACUUAUAACAAUUAAAAUUUAGAAUAAAAUAUGAAAGAAAACUUA